UGUACACAUACACACAACUAUAAUCGAAUCAAAGCAUUAAAGCGCAAAGAAAACUUCGACACUAAAAAUAUUAUUUUAAAAGCUACUUUUAAUUAUAUAUUGAUUUAAAUAAAAAACUAUGAAGCCAAUUUCAACUAUGUCAACUUUAAAACUCAUAAAUAUAGCUGUGUUGACAAUCUUUAGUCCAAUAGGAAUGAUACUUAAUAUUUUAGUUAUCGUUGUAAUAUUAAAAAACCAAGACUUACGAACUUGUACGUAUUUUCUAUAUGCACAUUUAGCUGUUAGCGACAUUGUCGUUUCAAUGAUUGCUACUUUUACAAGCAUCGUGCUUCUUGUAACCGAACAGUUUAUAUACUGUCAGGUAACAUUAGCGAUUGUGGCUCUAGGUUACAGCCUGUCUAUAGGAACUGUGUGCUUGUUAUCAUUGGAUAGAUACCUAUACAUACGAGAGCCCCUGGGUUAUGUGUAUCAAAUGAGUAAACACAGAGUUACAUUUUACAUCCUACUUGUAUGGGGAAGUGCGUUUGCUACACUUUUACCCAUUGCUACGGGAAUGGUAUUUGUAAAUAGUAAAUUACCCAGUAAGGAAUUUGAAAAAUGCAUGAUGACUCGAAUAGUAAAAAAAGAGUUCUUGUUAUGGAUAUCUAUUGGCAUUAUGAUUAUGCCGAUAAUCGUUACAUGUUGUUUCAAUAUACAAAUAUUGCAGAUGGCAUCCCAACAUUACAGCCGAUUAAGGGCUUUGACACAUUUAAGCGAAAUUAAAAUUACUUCGUCUAUAAGUAACUUGGAAGUUAAAAAUAACGUUAAAGAUGAUAAAUUAUCAAACAAAGGCAAACCAAAAAGUAAAAAGUUCACGGGAAACAUAUGGAGUCCAAAGGCUGUUCGCACAACAUUUCUAAUUGUCGUUACAUGUAUUAUUUGCAAUCUGCCUUACGCAAUUUUAUUAUUGGUAGAAGCAGUAAGUAAUGAAGAUUUUAAUUAUAACAACAUUAAAUAUGCAUAUUCUUUAUACUUGCUAACUUUUGUACAGUCUAUUUUAAAUCCAAUAAUAUAUACAACAACAAACACAGAACUUCGAGGGUUUAUGAAAAAACUAUUACCAUGUUUUAGUAAAGAAAAAGUAACAACUAAAAGAAGAUCGAACACGACAGCCACUCUGUAUACCGAUACUAGUAGUUUAGGAUCAAUAGAGCCAAAAAAAGAACUUUUCGAUAUGCACAAAAACCUUUCGCGUAUCGACAUUUUCUCAAGUCAUUCAGAAAAAAUGCCAAAUAUACAGAAAAAUACAUAAUAAAUUAUUUUCUGGAGUUGUCUUAACUAUUAAGAACUGCAUUGCAAACCUGCAAUUAAAGAACUAAACUGUCAUUUACUAUUUGCACGCUGAUAUUUCAUUAUAAGAUUAGUAAAUAAUGUCAACAUUUUGCGAAAUCCCUAAAAAUGACGUCUUAAUCCAAAUACGGAUUAAUAUAUUAUAAUCUCUCUAACAUGAUACUAAAUUUUAGACGAUAAAACAACUUUUAUAACAAAGUAAAACUUUUAUAACAAAAAAGUUAAAAACUAUGACAAUCAUAAAUAUUUUUCAAACAUUAUAAUAGUAUUUUUACCUUGAUUUAUCAUAGGUUCAAUUGUAAACACGUGACCCGGUUUCAUAAUACCAACAGCUUUAUUUUCUAUAAUAAUUUAAAACAAUGUUUUACAGUAACAGUAAAAUAGAAAAGAUGAGUGAAAACAAAA